AUGGCUGCUAGAGAGCAGUCCAGAUAUUUGGCGCGAGCAUUGCCCCGGGCUUUCAUGCCUCGGCUCGUCCCCAGGCCUUCCUCGACUGCAUCCUCCUUGACUACCUCUGUCUCUGAAGACGCAGCGAAGUCCUUUGACCCCGCUGCGCAGGCCAAGGCACGCAAGACAAAGCUGCCUCGAGGCCGAUAUCAAUUCCGAUCCCCCAAAUACGACCGCGGUCCCCUCCAUCCUCAUCAACCGCCUCCUCCCUCAGACCCUUCUUCCAGAUUGUUCGUUCCCGGUCCCUUUGCUCUUCCGCGCGCCGAGCAAACAUACCACUCAACCGUCGCAUCGGACAUCCUUACCCUCUGCUACGUGCACACACCACCUGGAUUCAAGCCCCCACCUAAGGCUCCCCGUCUGCGCGAGUGGGAUGACAGCUCUCCUUACCACAAAAACCGUCCCCUCCGCGGGCCCCGUGGUGGUGAUGUUCUGCGUUUAAUUCGGAAGCCCAUCCGCUUCAACAACAUCCCCAAGAUCGAGCGCAUCACAAUUCACAGUUACGUGAAAAACGCCGCCCAUGAGAACUCGUCAUGGCUGCACGUUGCCGGUAUGGCUAUUCAAGCCAUUUCCAACACUCGUGUAGAGACCUUCAAGUCCAAGUCCAGUGUCGCGACCUGGAGCAUUGCCCCUGGCCGAGACACUGUUGCUGUCAAGGCUGAGCUGCAGGGUGAGACCAUGUAUCACUUCCUGGGCAAGCUGAUCGAUGUGGUUCUGCCCCGGAUCAAGGAUUGGCCCGGUAUCAAGGGUAGCAGUGGUGAUAGCAGUGGAAACAUCACCUUUGGUCUGGUACCAGAGAAUGUUGCCAUGUUCCCUGAGAUCGAGGUCAAUUAUGAUAUGUACCCUCCCAAGAUGAUUCCUGGCUGCCACAUCACCCUUCACACCACCGCCAAGGCGGACAAGGAUGCUCGCCUUCUCCUGAGCGCCAUGGGUGUACCUUUCUACGGCAAGAUCGCCCACUAA